UUUGACAUUCAAAACAGGACUGAGGAAAUGUACUGCCCGCCGCCUCUGUCAACAAGUUCUCUGUUGAGCAGUUUCUCUCUCACCUCCAAAGGUGCUAUGGCAGUGAUGAUGGUGGUGAUGAUGAUGAUGAUGAUGACGACGAUGUACGCCAAGAUAUAAAAAUGAAGCUCAGUGGACAUUGAGAGCAAACAGUUAGCAGGAUCACUCCAACUGGACCUCCACUCUUCAUUUUUCAGCAUCACUUGACUGUAAUUUCAUCCAAAUGAUGACUUUGUCUCUGUGGAAAUUCGGACUUCUGCUCAUCAGCCUCAUAGGAGCCAAUGGACUCAUGCCCUUUCCAGAAAAUUUUGUUGUGGCAAAAUUGAACGACGCAGUCACGCUGACCUGCCGCACAAACAUUGACGGAGCAGUCACGUGGAAGUUUGACGGGGAAGUGUUGGUGGAUUUUAAGUAUAAUAUCAAGCAGGACGGUCAAAAUCUGCACGUGACAGAUGUGGACACCCCCUGGCUGGGAGAGUACAGCUGCUGGAGAGGAGGAGAGAUGUUAUCAUUGACCCACCUGCUGCUGGAGGCUGAGGAUGAAGAGGAAUUAGCUCAAUUUGAUUCCCUCAUCACUUGUUUGGCAAAGUCUUAUCACUGUAACUUCAGCUGUACCUUGAAAGAAAGUGCAUUCACAGCAGUGCGCGUCGGACUGGGCCAUGACUGCACUGACGGUGGGAAGUUGUGUCACUGGAUCAACAGCAGUGAUCAGAAUCAGGACGGGGGAUUCCAGUUUGAGGUGUCGCACUCCCUGUCACCCUACGCUGAGGAAAGCACCAAGCUUGAACUCACCGCUGAGGCCAUUGUUGACCUCUAUGUCUUCAGGACAACCAGGAGAUUUUAUCUCCGAGACAUUGUUCAACCCGACAGUCCCCAGAUUGGCACGUGUCAGGAGUUGGAGCAGGACCUGAACGUGACCAUCGAGCCUCCAUCCAGCUGGUCCAUGCCUCACAGUUUCUUCGGUCUGGAGCAUGAGAUUGAAUACGUGCUCAAAGAUGAUGGGAAGCCUGCGCGCUCUUUAUCUUCCCUGGUACCGAAGAGCAUCAGUAAGCUGAGGGUUCGCUCCAGAGACUCGCUGGUGCUCUCAACCUGGAGCGAGUGGACUCCUUGGAAAAAUGUGAGGACGGGGGAAGAGAACUUGUGCAAAUGCAGAAACACAGUAAAAUAUUGCUGUCCAGAGUUGCCACCUGGGUUUUUGGAACGCUGCAAGAAGAAGAGGAAGAAGAAGAACAACAACAAAGUUGUCAGACAUCUUAAAGACAUGUUAAAUGAAAAUGCACAUUGCUGCUCGGAUCAUUCUGGUGCAAAAACACACCACACUUUGUAGAGAAUAAUGACAAACUAUUUAUAUACAUGCGUGUGUGUAUGAAGCAAAUAAAGUGUAUGACCUGA